CAGCGCACGCCACAGCUGAUCCGGCACACGUGACGUAGCUCCAACCACCGGUUUAGAACUACAACUCCCGUCAUGCCACCAGCGAGCUCCUGAUUGGUCCGUUGCGGGGGACGUCAUAUGUUUUGGUUCUGGGCAGUCACAUGCUCAAUGCUCUUUGUUUUCAGGCAGAGAGAUGAAAUUUGCUGCUGCUGCUGCUCCCAUCAUCAUCCUCAUCAUCAGAGAGAAGUUACCUCCUCAGCCAGCCAGUGUGUGCUGUUGUGCCUGUGGCCCCUGUAGCUGCCCAUGCUGCCCACUCAGUUCCCCUGGGGACAUAAUCAUGACUUGCACCGUUGAGCAACUUGGACCACUUGCCUUUUGUGCCUUCAGGAUCAGACACCUGUAGCAGCGGUAAUAUUAAGCAGAGAGUGCUGGGGGAAGGAGCUACAACUUCAGCUGUUUUCAGCUUUGAAAAUAAGAACUUCUAUGGCCACUACAAUUCAGGUAGUGGCUUAAAUUUUCCAAAUCUGUUGUGUAUCCGCACAACUGAAAAAUGGUGCUCAUAUUAGGACGCCGAUUAAACAGAGAGGAGAGUGGAGUUCGUGAGUCUCCAGCCACAAAGCGUAAAGUCUUUGAGAUGGACCAAAAGUUGAUGGGUCAUGAAGUAUUUGACUUUAGUUCUGGGUCUUCCCACUCUGAAAGCAUCCUGCAGGUCUUCAAUGAAUUCCGGGAGAGCCGCCUCUUUACCGAUGUCAUAAUCUGUGUGGAGGGCAGAGAAUUCCCUUGUCACAGAGCUAUUCUCUCAGCCUGCAGCAGCUACUUCCGUGCCAUGUUCUGCAAUGACCACAGAGAAAGCAGGGAAAUGUUAGUGGAGAUCAAUGGGAUUUUUGCGGAAGCUAUGGAUUGCUUUUUGCAGUAUGUCUACACAGGAAAAGUAAAAAUCACCACGGAAAAUGUCCAGUACCUCUUUGAAACAUCCAGCCUGUUUCAGAUUAGCGUGCUGCGUGAUGCAUGCGCCAAAUUUUUAGAAGAGCAGCUUGAUCCCUGCAACUGCCUAGGAAUCCAGCACUUUGCCGACACUCACUCCCUCAAGACACUCUUUACCAAGUGUAAAACCUUUGCACAGCAGGCUUUUGAAAUUGUGGUCCAGCAUGAAGAGUUUCUGGAGCUGGAGAAAGCUGAAGUCAUUGAUUACAUCAGCAGUGAUGAUUUGGUUGUCAGCAAAGAAGAGAUGGUGUUUGAGGCUGUCAUGCGAUGGGUGUACCACCAUGUCGAUAUCAGGAGACCUAUGUUACAGGAACUCUUGACACACGUUCGAUUACCAUUGCUCCACCCUAAUUACUUUGUGCAGACUGUAGAGGUAGAUCAGCUGAUACAGAACGCCUUAGACUGUUACCAGCUACUUCAUGAAGCCAGAAGAUAUCAUAUACUUGGAAACGAGAUGAUGUCACCACGGACCAGGCCACGGAGGUCUACCGGCUACUCCGAGGUGAUUGUAGUAGUGGGAGGCUGUGAACGUGUUGGAGGCUUUAACCUUCCUUAUACUGAGUGCUACGAUCCAGUGACUGGUGAAUGGAAGUCACUGGCAAAGUUGCCAGAAUUUACAAAGUCAGAAUACGCUGUGUGCGCUCUAAGGAAUGACAUUCUUGUGUCAGGAGGCAGAAUCAACAGCCGUGAUGUCUGGAUUUAUAAUUCUCAGCUAAAUAUUUGGAUCCGUGUUGCUUCAUUAAACAAGGGGAGAUGGCGCCAUAAAAUGGCUGUCUUACUGGGAAAAGUUUAUGUGGUUGGGGGAUACGAUGGCCAGCACAGGCUGAGCAGUGUUGAAUGUUAUGAUUCAUUUUCUAAUCGAUGGACAGAUGUUGCUCCACUAAAGGAGGCCGUGAGCUCUCCUGCGGUUACAAGUUGCAUUGGGAAGCUAUUUGUGAUUGGUGGAGGACCUGAUGACAACACCUGCUCGGACAAGGUCCAAUGCUAUGAUCCAGACAUAAAUACGUGGUUGCUGCGAGCAGCCAUUCCUAUUGCAAAGCGAUGCAUCACAGCUGUGUCCUUAAACAACCUGAUCUAUGUAGCCGGAGGGCUCACUAAGGCAAUUUACUGCUACGACCCUGUGGAGGAUUACUGGAUUCAUGUGCAGAAUACGUUCAGCCGACAGGUGAUAGGGACUUCAGAACAGAACCCAGUUGUCAAGGAGAACUGCGGCAUGUCUGUCUGCAAUGGGAAAAUCUUUAUACUUGGUGGAAGAGGCGAGAGCGGAGAGGCCACUGACACCAUCUUGUGCUAUGACCCGGCGACGAGCAUCAUUACCGGCGUAGCAGCCAUGCCCCGGCCCGUCUCUUACCAUGGCUGUGUCACAAUUCACAGAUACAAUGAAAAAACCUUCAAAAUGUGAUCUCAAAGACAUGAUGUGGACAUGCUCUAUAAACACAUUUAAGAGACACUUUCUCAUUCAGAAACUGGCCCUAAGGUCCGUACGCAGUUAAAGGGAAUCUGCCAUUAAUAUGUUUAUGAUGAUGAUCAUGCAGUCUGGGCUUGCAGCAACAAAAAGGACAAGAUAUACUCUUCAUAGAAGAAGCAUCUUUGGUCUGCAGGACCUGUCCCUUUACUACACAGAGAAAUGUGCUAAAUUUAUUUUGAUUAAGACAAGAACCAUAAAAUUCCACCGUAUGGAGAACUUCAUGCUCAAAAGCAUAGACUUCUAAACAAAUUGGUAUAAUGUUGUCAGUAAUCCACGGUAAAAUAAUUCCUAAUGAGUACUACCACGAUGAUAGAUUCCCUUUAUACUGCUGUAAUGAAUACGCAUUUUUACUUCAGGAAAUCUGCCAAAUCUGUGUUGCUUGGCCCAUGCCUUAUUAUUUAUCCCUGCGGGAAAAAGACUGUUUGUAUUAUUUGUAAAAAUACUUUUCUAUGCACUCUUUUCUAUGAAUGUUGGUUGUGGAACUUGCUUGUAUUUAACACAUGGAUGACAUGAGUGCAUGAUUUUAUCAUUAUGGAAAUAGCGCUCCCCAGAGGGCAUUCGUGAAUUGCCGAAGAUGAAUAUUCAUUUUCCCUGUGUGCAAAACUGGGAUGACCUGUGCUUUAGUACCAGUGAGGUGCACUGUCAUUACGUCUGUCUUCCCGCAAGAGUGCACAUUUUCUGUGCCGUAGAAACUCAACAAAGCACACCAAUUACAGCGACAGUAGAUACAUGGGAUUGGUCAUUGAAGCUGCACUUUGUCACUAUCAGCUGAAGUGGCAUCGUUGUCACUAUCAGCACUUUGUGUGUUAUCUUUCUGGGGUUUUACUGAAACAUGGCAGAAAAAAAUAUUCCUGCAUAGAUUUGUGUACUGGCUCUGAGCAUAAUGAUAUGAAGAAAGAGUACUGUAGCUCCAUGGUGGCACUGACUGGGUAACAUACACUAAGCGUAUAUUCACUAACUAGCGGGUCAUCAAAGCCAUGUGAUACUGUGAAUUUUCAUGUCUGACCGAAUCACUGAACACGUAUCACUGUUACAAGUCUUGUGUACUCUGGAAUGCUGUAACUGAGAACAGCUGUAGAUCUUCAGUCAACUCAGUUUGUUGCCAUGUACCAGCUAUACUGUACGUCUAUAAUGCACAGAACCACUUGUAGUGUAAAAUACAUGGUCUGUGUACUCCGACAAUCUCAACCAGUGGCGAUACCCCUAAUAUACUCAGGAAACUGACGUUUUAUGGCAGGAAUCUCCCUUGGUUUUGCCUUGUAAGUGAUUGCCCCUUUAAAAAAACAUCUGAGACCGGCCGGCAUCCCACACCUCCGGCAAUCUCGGGCAUCAUUACAUCCGGCCAAUAUUUUAAUCAUUGCAGAAUGCAUAUAUCUGUGCUGUGUAGACAUUAUAUUGUUUUAAAAUGUAAACAAUGAACAAUUAGCAGUAUAAGGUAAGAGGCGGGUAUAGAACCUUUGUUGUGUUAUUUUUAGAAGAUCAUGAAUAGGACAUGUACGUUAUUUAAAAAUAUUAAUAAUAAUCUAUAAUUUAACUGGAAUUGAAAUAACAAUAUAUGAUGAAUAAAAUAUGACACCUAUGUUCAAUGGGAAGGUACUUAAAGGCCACUUAGGACUCGACUGUUCCCUGGAUAGGCCUGCUAUCUGCCACUUACCUGCAUAGUGUAGUACAGUUAGUGGGAUUAAGUGACCCUAGUUGCUGGCUGCGCUUAUUGGGGGUCAUUCAGAGUUGUUCGCACAGUAAAUUUCUUCGCAUCGCAGCGAUUUUCCGCUUAGUGCGCAUGCGCAAUGUUCGCACUGCGACUGCGCCAAGUAAAUUUGCUAUGAAGUUAGGAAUUUUACUCACGGCUUUUUCAUCGUUCAUGCGAUCGUAAUGUGAUUGACAGGAAGUGGGUGUUUCUGGGCAGAAACUGGCCGUUUUAUGGGUGUGUGUGAAAAAACGCUACCGUUUCUGGGAAAAACGCGGGAGUGGCUGGAGAAACGGAGGAGUGUCUGGGCGAACGCUGGGUGUGUUUGUGACGUCAAACCAGGAACGACAAGCACUGAACUGAUCGCAGAUGCCGAGUAAGUCUGGAGCUACUCAGAAACUGCUAAGAGAGGUUUAAUCGCAAUAUUGCGAAUACGUCGUUCACAAUUUUAAGAUGCUAAGAUUCACUCCCAGUAGGCGGCGGCUUAGCGUGAGUAAAUCUGCUAAAAACAGCUUGCGAGCGAACAACUCGGAAUGAGGGCCAGUGAUUUAAAGGAAGCACUUAGGUUUCUAUGUGGAGAAAACAGAGAAGCAAGAUGUUACACACUUAGGAGCCCAAAUGUGAUCACAUGACUGACUGUUCCAGAUAUGGGCCAUGUAAAGAUCACUGUGAAACUGAUAAUGGUUUAAUGUCUAAUGAUGUCAUCAAGCCAGUCUACCUAGGAAAUGUAUGGAAAAUUUAAUGUGUACCCUUUUCCCAGGACUUAAUCAUGCCAGCAGCAUAUGCUCAAACUACUAUUUAUCCUACAAGUACACAAUAUCAAAGUCUAAUACAUAAUGUGUUUUUUUUCUUUUGUCUUUUCAUAACCAUAUUAACAGUUAUUAUUUAGUGCUAAGUUGAUGCUUAAGAGUGUAAGAGUGUAGAACAAAUUGUUUUAUUAUACAUAGAUGAAGACUUUUUAAUACAGUGAUGGUAUAAUAUUAGGGAUUGCUAUAUUCCUAUGUCAUGUGGCUUUGUGUCAUGUUGCAUUGUUAAUACCACAACUUUUCAGCAUUGUUGCGUGAUUCACAUUUUUUACCUAGUACUGUCUUCCCAACAGGCUCAUAGUGUGUAACGUAAGUUUCUGAGUCCGCAUGCCACCAAUGAGAUUGCAUGUUACAAUCGGAGUCCUCAAAAUGAUGUCAAAAUUGGCAUUAGACAGUAGCAAUACCAACCUCAUUCUGUAGUUUUAUGUCUGGGCAAUGUAUAGCAAUAUAUUACUAGCCCCUGAAAUGAUAUUUGGUAUUGCAGAAAAGGUGCAGAGAUAUGUACAAGAUACAGACAAGACAAGAUGAUCACGUUUCAUAAUACCAGUUACAGUGUGUCAGUGAUGCCCAUCUUUGUCGUACGAUAAAAAUGAUGUCGUACAGUAGAUAUUAAUGUGGUUCUCUGGAUAGUGGGAACUGCAAUAAUCUGCUGGAAAGGCUACAUCCAGGCCUUGGUUUUUAUUACACAAGUAGAGAGCCUGUUGGCCUGUCAGUCUCUACUCAAACCAAGAUUAGUUCUGUCUUCACCCAAAUAAAAUGCUUACAUACACAAAGCUACUUACAAGAAAAACCCUAAUGUGUACUCAUAUCUGACGUGUUAGUAUUUUUUUGCCCGUUUUAUACAUUCUUUCAGGAAAAAGGAUUUCUGAUGCCUAUAGAGGUGCAAAGGGAUGCUUUUGUGUGCAUGCUGUUUCUAAUGUACCUUAAUAUAUCCUGUAGGAUAAUUCUGCAUUACUAAAGGGAACAGCAUUAGAGGGAUAAUGGCACAGAGAUACAUCCUGCUUCUAAUGGAAAGGUCAGGUUGCCAAAUAUGUAUACUAUCACAGAGGCAUCAGUACCUCCUGCCUCUUAUGGAAAUGUCAGGUUGCCAUAUAUGUAUAAUAUCAUAGAGGCAGCAGUACCUCCUGCUUCUAAUAGAAAGGUCAGGUUGCCAUAUAUGUAUAAUAUCACAGAGGCAACGGUACCUCCUGCCUCCAAUGGAAAUGUCAGGUUGCUAUAGUUUCAUUCUAAUAUAUAGUGCAGAGGUUUGGAAGAAACAUGUGUCAGUAAAGGAGAGCAUGAUAUUGUAUGGGGUUGUACUUUUGUGUUUUUUAUAUAAUAGUACUGUACAGUAACUUCAUGAUUUAACAACUGUAUAUUUUUCCUCAAAUAUGUUGGAACUGUUUUAUUAUAUCUGUGCAAAAGUUCUGCAGAGGCAAUGUGAUGGUUAUAUCACUGUUAUUGGUGUCUAAUCGCAAUAAAGAUUUCAAAAGAAAAAAA